GAGUGAGAGGGACGCCGCUGCCCGAAUCCCAGCAGGAACCUGAUGGAGAAACCUGUACCUCAACCUGAGAAUCAUACCUGGAGUUGCUCUUGUACAGCCAGGGGAAGAUACAAGGAUCACCUAGGUGGAACUUCAACAGGGCUAGCAGCCAAAGUGGGUGAAAUGCUAACCUCAUCUGUUUCCAGUUCUCCUCUGACCUUGGUGGGCCAUGCAGCCCGGCACCCGAGCAGCCCAAACAGAGGCAGUGGCCCUGGUAGCAGCUUGAACUUAAGCAGAGACUUACUGCAACGCAGCCUGGUGCUUUUUGCUGUGGGCACUUUCCUUGCACUGGUGCUAAACUUACUGCAGAUCCAGAGGAACGUCACACUGUUCCCUGAGGAAGUCAUCUCUACAAUCUUCUCUUCUGCCUGGUGGGUGCCCCCUUGCUGUGGGACAGCCGCAGCUGUUAUUGGCCUGCUGUACCCCUGCAUUGACAGCCGUCUUGGUGAACCUCACAAAUUCAAACGAGAAUGGGCAAGCGUAAUGCGAUGCAUUGCCGUCUUCGUUGGCAUUAACCAUGCAAGUGCUAAAUUGGAUUUUGCAAACAAUAUCCAGCUUUCCCUGACCCUUGCAGCUUUGUCGCUGGGCCUCUGGUGGACAUUUGAUCGUUCGAGAAGUGGUCUUGGUCUUGGGAUUACAAUUGCUUUUGUAGCUACUCUGAUUACACAGUUUCUGGUCUAUAAUGGAGUUUAUCAGUAUACAUCUCCAGAUUUCCUUUAUAUCCGUUCUUGGCUACCAUGUAUAUUUUUCUCCGGAGGUGUGACUGUAGGAAACAUAGGACGGCAACUUGCUAUGGGUGGUCCCGAGAAACCUCACAGUGACUAAAUACCCGGAUCUGACCUGUCUUGGUGAAAGCAGAAUAAGGAUCAGUUCAAGCUAGGAUUUUUCGUCUUGAAUUACCAGCAUGAGCUCUCUGUAUCUUGGGAAGGAAUGAACUCACUAUAAAGUGGCCAAGAUUUAUUUGAUUUAUUUCUGAGAACUUUCUGGGUUUGACUCUGUGGUGGAAAACGUUCAGCACAGAUUUUUCAUGCACAAUAAGCCGAAUCAUAAUGGCUGUCCUUCCGAAUCCUUGAAACAGCUGCCAUUUUCAAAGCCUUGAAGCAAAUCUUAAUUCUACCCAUACCCAAAGACAAUUGCUUGGUAUGGCCUGGUGGAGCAGUGGAAUAGUAAUUCUCCCAAGGAUCGUUCAUCCUGCUGUUGCCUUUAAGGGGACUGAAUGAAAGAACCAUUGUUGUAUAAAGAAAUAAGGGCCAGGUCUUAGAGAAGAGGCUUUUGCAGACCUUCUUAUUGUAAAAGGGCUAGCACAGGAAUAUUACAUUGAUUUAUGUCUUAAGCACCUGGCUUCUUGAAGUGCGGAGCAAACCAUCUUGAAAAUCAACAGUUUGUUAGCUGCUCACUUGUUUUAUGGCUCCCUAUAUCAUUUCUCUUGGAAACACGCAGUCAAAAUUUACAUUUUUCCAAGGGAUAGCCUACUGGGUCUGGCUUUAGAUGGGUCCUUAAUGAUUUCACCAAUGAGUGUGUCUUCAUUAUACUAUACCAUGAAGAAGAGGACGUUUUUGUGGGGUACUUGUUAAAUUCUCUGGGAAUCUGGUAGGUUUCAGAGCAGAAACGGGACUUGCUAUGAAAAGAACGGGGAAAGUUAAUAGUGUUAGUUAAAAGUCUUUGUAAAUGAUUUCUUGUCUGAAUUUCUGAAGAGAUCAUUUUGUGUUCAUGAUUUUGCAAAUUUGCAGAACUUGCAAUCUGUGAUUGCUUUAUAAGAAAAAGUGCUAAUGUCACUGCAUUAAAUAUCUGUGUACUCAACUAGUUCCAGGGUGAGCACAAUAGUUUGUUCAAUACUAUGUCACCACUGACCUAAUGAGCGGGUGUUAAGUUUCAAAAUUUAAAGUGCAAUGUACAGCUGAAAGGAAUCUGAGCCUUGUAGAAUCCUCUUUAAUGUCUCCAGCAAACAAUGAAUAUUAAAGAGAAAAAGUUUUGAACUUA